AUGUCGGUACACGGUGACGAAGCCCCAGGCCAGGGUACGUACACGUCGGCGGGCGGCAAUCUUUCCGCCACACUAAACAACGGGGCGUUGGCGCAACAACCACAUCCAUGCCCCAAGACCGCCCUAGCAUACAGUCGACAGCACUUGACCAACGCAUCUCAACAAAGUAUCAGUAUCUGUUCAGCGAAAGUAAAUUAUUCUAUUGUUAUGUUUUUUUGA